AGAAGUCACUUUUCCACGGUUCUUCAAAGUGAUACGCGCGCGCUCAGUCUGGCAAAAAUCUUUAUUUAUUCUGAAAUAUUGUGCGCCAGCUGUUUUGAAGCGCUAGUUUGGAGCUGUUUGGCGUAUAAAAUCGUACUGCUAAUAAAAAUACAUUGGAUUUGAACUAUGACUAUCAUUGAGCCAUAUCGUGCGUCAUUUCUCUCUUUUUCGCUUCAAUCGGUGGAGCCGAUCUGAUCCAAAAUGAAGUUUGGGAAGAAUAUAUGUAUCUUAAAUGUUGGUGGCACCAAGUAUGCUUUCACAAGAGAAGUUAUUAAGGAUUUUCCUCUCCGAAGAGUGAGCAGACUACACAGCUGUUCCUCUGAAAAAGAGGUCUUGGAGGUAUGUGACGAUUAUGACCGAGAGAGAAACGAGUUUUUCUUCGACAGGCAUUCCGAGGCGUUUGUGUUCAUCAUGCUUUAUGUCCGAUCUGGGAAGCUCAGGUUUGUCCCGCAGAUGUGCGAGCUUUCGUUUUAUAACGAAAUGAUCUACUGGGGUUUGGAGAGCUCACAUUUGGAGUUUUGUUGCCAGCGACGACUGGAGGAUAGAAUGUCGGAAACAUUCACGUACUUCUCAGAAGACGACAUCAAGGCAGAGGUGGAGUCCAGAUGUGAAGAGGAACAUGUCGGCAGGCUCGGGAACGCGCGGUGGCUGGAGAGGAUGAGAAGGACAUUUGAGGAGCCAGCUUCCUCAGUCGCGGCGCAGAUUCUUGCGUCGGUAUCAGUGAUUUUUGUGAUUACGUCUAUGGUCAUCCUUUGUGCAAGUACUCUGCCGGAUUGGGAUACAGCAAAAAACAAUUCAGUGGAGGAACACAGGAUUAUCGAGGCAGUAUGCAUUGGCUGGUUUACUGCCGAAUGCAUAGUGCGCUUCAUUGUUUCACGGGACAAAUGUGAGUUUGUGCGCCGCCCCCUUAAUAUUAUUGACCUGCUGGCAAUCACUCCUUACUAUGUGUCUGUCACUAUGACAGCAUUGACAGGAGACAACCCUCAGCUACAGCGAGCAGGAGUCACCCUGCGCGUACUACGAAUAAUGCGCAUCUUUUGGCUAAUUAAGUUGGCACGUCACUUCCUAGGUCUUCAGACACUCGGGCUGACGCUGCGCAGGUGCUACCGUGAGAUGGUCAUGCUGCUGGUGUUUGUCUGUGUUGCAAUGGCAAUAUUCAGUGCCCUGGCACAGCUGUUGGAGCAUGGACUUGACCUGGAGACUAGCAAUGAGGACUAUGCCAGUAUCCCGGCAGCCUGCUGGUGGGUUAUUAUCUCCAUGACGACCGUCGGCUAUGGAGACAUGUACCCCAUCACCAUUCCGGGACGCGUGCUGGGUGGCGUGUGUGUCGUGAGUGGCAUUGUGCUGCUGGCUCUGCCCAUUACGUUUAUCUACCAUAGCUUUGUACAGUGCUACCACGAGCUCAAAUACCGCUCAGCACGCAGCAUGCGAAGUCUCUCCUCUGAGUUUCUCAACUGACUGUAACGUUGUUCAUCCUGAGAUCCUCGGAACAUGCUGGUCUUCAGCUUAGUAACAUCACCUGCUCUUAUGUGCCUUUAUUUUUUAACAUCAAAAACUCUACGCUCUAAAAUAAAUUGAUUAUGUCAAGGAAAUCACUACUUGUCCGGGUGAAAACUUCAGACAUACGUAAAAACAUAAGUACCUCUUUAUUGAGGGACACAUUCUUUGGACAAUACAGACAUCAUGUUCAAACUUCAUGAUCCAAAGGAUUUGCACUAGCUAAUGUUUGUGUUGUAAACCCACGCCUGUGUGAACGAACAAAUCUGAUCCAACAGCGUUUCCAUUAAAUAAAAGAGACAACAGUGGCAUUUGACAACUACAGAUGGCCAGGCUGCAUGAAACAGGCAUCUGGCGAGACCUUGUGUCCUAACAGCGCUCUAGAAGGAGCUCAUACAUGUUCGUGUUUCCAUGGAGAGGUCCAUCCAACUUGUUAAAUCAUUAAUUCAGCUCCAUGGCUCUGUAAGCUCUCAACAACAACAAAAAAAAAAAAAAUGUGAAAAUGCAAGCAGUACAAAAGCAAAAGGUUUAAGGGGUUGGAGUGUUUUUAGAAUGGCACAAUAGAAGCAUUUGAGCAUGUUAUGAAAGUGAAUACUGUGAAACUCAUUCAUUUGUUUUGAUAAGAAAAGGGACUCAAGAAUGUGAAAUUUCAAAUAAAAUGUAUCCUUGUCUUGAUCAUGGAAUGGUAGUUAACAUUUCUAAGUCACAAAAAAACAAACAUCAGCUGUUCCACCAGACAGCGACAGAUCUGCAACCUGUCCAUACACGAGUGUGUGAAUCAAGAGGCAUUAACUAAAAUGAUUAGCAAACACCUCACCCCCACACUCACAAGUAGGAGGGCUGUCACUCCCUUCCUUCCUCCUCUUUUAAUACAAGCACGUAAUCAAACCCCUUUUCACUCAAUCCAGGAACUUUCUGACUUUAUGCGCCUUUAUAAAAUUACAAGAUGAAUUUUGGGUCAUAUUUAAUAAGAUAUGCUAUUGGGGGACAUACUUUACAUUUUUAAUAGUAUUAUGCUAUUAUGGAAAUAAAAUAGAUAUAAAAGUAGCAUUAUUAGAAGAUUAGAAUGCUUACAGAAUUUUGCUAAAGCUAAAUUGAUAAUGAUUCUGAUGUAAAAAAUCAAGAUAGAGUGCAAUGUUCAAAAUUCAGGUUAUGCUCUAAUGCCAUUUGUCUUCAGCCUUAAUUGUCAUGCCAUAGAAAACUUUUUUUAAUAAUUGCACAAAUAUUGUUUGAUUUAUGUCACAUCAUUCAGAUGUUAUUCUCGCAUCUGUAAGGUGAUGUAUGCCUUCAUUUCAUAGCUAUGAAGCAGCAGGGAUGUUGCAGUUUUAUGCUUCAAUGUAUUUGUGGAAGGGGGCAUUAAAGAUGCAAUUGAAAUUUUAUGUAGCUCUAUUCUGUCAUUUAAAAUGUAUUCUUACUGGUUAUCGCAAUUAUUUGUAUGAAGAAAAAAAUAAAUGUUU